GAAAAUCCUCCCGGAAGCCGUUGUGUUCCUGCCAGCGGAGCAGAGGAAGAAGAAGCUGUCAGUUAGUAUUAGCAGUAGCAAUUAGCGAUAUCUGGAGAGGAGCCCGCGGAUUAAAGUUCACACGUCACUGCUGUGUGAUGCAGUCAUGUCCGUGCAGGUGGUGCUGCAGCAGAGGAUCAGCUCUGCUCAGGUAUUGCUGCAGCGGGCGGAGCAGCUGUGUCCGGGGGUGGAGGGUCACCAGAAGCUCUGUGGUAAACUGCGGGCCGAGCUGCGCUUCCUGCGGCGGGUGGAGGCCGGAGAGCUGCAGGUGAAGGAGUCCCACCUGCACAGCACUAACCUGACUCACCUGACGGCCAUCGUGGAGUCAGCCGAGAGCCUGGAGGAUGUGGUGGCUCUGCUGCACGUCUUCACCUACCAGGAUGCCUCCAACUGCCGCCAAACGCUUGUGGUAGACGUGGUGGCCAACGGGGGGCACACCUGGGUGAAGGCAGUGGGCAGGAAGGCGGAGGCUCUGCACAACAUCUGGCAGGGGCGGGGUCAGUACGGAGACAAGAGCAUCAUCAGCCAGGCGGAGGACUUCCUGCAGGCCAGCCGCCAGCAGCCCGUCCACUACAGACUCCCCCACAUCGUCUUCGCUUUCUACAAUGGCGUCUCCUGCCCCAUGGCUGACCGCCUCAGAGACAUGGGUGUCUCCGUCCGAGGGGACAUUGUUGCUGUCAACGCCGUGGUAGCGGAGGGAGGCAGCGAUGAGGAAGACGAGGAGGAGGAGGAGGAGGAGAGGGAGGUAGCUGAAGACAACCACCAGGAAGAGGAAGAGGAGGAGGAGGAGGAGGAGGAGGAGUCUGAGCUGACCCGGGUCGACCGUGGCACCGUGGUCGCCAGUCUGGCGUUUCCCACCCAAGUGCAGAUGGAGGAGUGUCGCCGGGUGAACCUGGACAUCACCACACUCAUCACCUACGUGUCGUCACUGAGUCACGGCCGCUGUCACUUCACCUUCAAGGAGCCUGUGCUGACGGAGCAGGCUGCUCAGGAGCGCCGCCUGCAGGUACUACCGCAGCUCGAUGCUUUCAUGGCGGGCAAGGAGCUGUUUGCCUGUCGUGCCGCCGUCAACGACUUCCAGCUGAUCCUGGACACGCUGGGUGGGCCAGGCGAGAAGGAGCGCGCUCAGAAGCUGCUGGCCCGCCUCCACCUGGUGGACGAUCGGCCAUCGGAGCGAACGCUGCGCCUCAGGCCGAGUGCAAAGGUCAACCAGCGCUCGCUCCUGAUCUUCGGCACCGGAGACUCGCUGAGAGCUGUCACCAUGACGGCAAACAGCCGGUUUGUCAGAGCCGCCGCCAAUCAGGGCGUCCGGUACAGCGUGUUCAUCCACCAACCGCGAGCUCUGACCGAGGGUAAGGAGUGGAGGGCCACUCCCAUCUGAGACACAGACUUCCUGUGCAGGGGCUGAUGGGAGUUUGAGUCCGUUGGCUGAAACAAUAAAGUUUUGGGUUGAAUCUGCGCUGAUGUAAAUAUGAACCUGAUCAGCUGAUCAUUAUUUCAGAAUCUUCAGAAUCUAUAUUACAGAUCAAUAAAGCAUCACAGUCA